CAGUAAUUCAAAUACAAAAACACAAUUGACAGUUUUAGCCAUUGCCUGUGACUACAGCGAGUGGGGCAUCCCAAUGCUGGGGCGGUUUUUCUUAGGUGGGCCACCAAGGUAUAUUAAUGGCCGCCCGAUUAUAUUUGGCAACCCAUUUCCAACUUAUUUUAAAGGUUCCAUGUGUAGUUCUGAGCCACCUGCUCCAAAGAACUAGGGGGAAGUAUUUCACUUCUACUUCUGGGUCCAUACAAUCUAAAUCAUCAUCAAUCAUCAAAACCAUUAGUUAUUCAGAAACAACUAUAUUAUGUUGACCUGUUCAUCAGACUGCUGAAACUCUGAGAGCCGGUCUAAAUAACUCUGCAAUCUUAUCUUCACAUGGAGCUUAGAUAUCUGUGUUUACUGUGGCACUGGGGGCUGUACGGUCCGUGUAACAUUUUGAUAGUUUGUAUGUUGGCUUGGGUCAGAGACGAGGGAACGACUCGUGUUUUUGUUUCGUCCUCCGCGCGGACACGGGACUGCUUCCCGGUAGGAGCUCCGGCGGCUCGGAUAUGGCCGGCGAAUAUCCCAGCACCGGGAGUCACAGCGGGCUGAUGGAGCGCUGGGUCUAACCUGUGUAACAGCAGCAACAGAAAGUUGGGAGUCGGCUAUUUGCUCACUGCUAACGGAGGAUCUGUCCAUCUCACACACUCUACUCCCGGCGGAGCAGCCUCCCGAGAACGGAACCCAGUGUGCAUAACUCAGCUACUGACAGUUAUGGCGACCAUAGUGAUGGAUAGAAUUGGCCGAGGGUUCAUCAGCCUGCAGCAGAUCAGGGAGGUUCCCCGGAUGCUGACUGAGGCUGCACCCUCCAUGCCCGGCACCGUAAAGGACACCGAGGUUCCCUACUACUUUAGGGAGCGAUACGUCUGCACUGGAUACCGACCAAUCAACCAAAACUGGCGAUACUACAUCCUGUCUUUAUUCCAGCGCCACAACGAGACAGUCAACAUCUGGACGCACCUGCUGGCGUUUGCAGUUAUUCUGAUUAAGUUUGGGCAACUGGCUGAGACUGUGGACUUUGUUAGUGAUCCUCAUUCGUGGCCCCUGUUGAUCCUCAUCCUGUCCUCUUUGAUCUACUCAGCUUUUAGUGUAGCAGCUCACCUACUGGGUGGGAAGUCUGAGCUGUGUCAUUAUAGCUUCUUCUUUCUGGACUAUGUUGGGGUAGCACAGUAUCAGUACGGCAGUGCUAUAGUUCACUUUUACUAUGCUGUGGAUGAAGGCUUGCACAGACACGUGCAUGGGAUCUUCAUGCCAGCUGCAACCAUACUCAGUUCUCUAUCAUGCCUGGGAUGCUGCUACGGCAAAUACUGCAACCACAGCCUACCGACGUGGGUGCGAAAGGUGUUCCAGGUGGUGCCCUCAGCACUUGCCUAUAUGUGGGACAGCAGUCCUGUGGCUAAAAGACUCAUAUUAUGGUCUACAGCCAGCAAUGACCCAGCUGCUAUCUUUCACUUUUGCCAGGUUGCUUUCUUUCUCAGCUGCACCUUCUUCUUCACCUGCCCUCUGCUAGAGCGUUGCCUCCCUGGGCGGUGUGAUUUUGUGGGACAGAGUCAUCAGAUAUUCCAUGUUUUUCUAUCCUGCUGCACUCUGUGUCAGAUCCAUGCCUCCCACCUCGACUACGUGGGCCGUAGGGAGCUGUAUUCACGUCUACAUAGGAGCGAUGAGGCUGCACUCUUUGUGGGACUGUACGUGGUCAAUUUAGUUUCAUGCGCGCUAAUUGUUGCCUUCAUGCUGAGGAAAGUUAAACAAGUGCUGGAUCUCAAAGCCAAGUCCAAAUGAUAUAUUGGAUAUUGUAGAAACUAUAUGCAAAAGCAUUUAUGUGCCUUUCCUCCCAGACCCAUGCUUUCAUAGAGAGGACUGCCCAUUGUUUCGAUGGCCCAUUUUCCGUAUCUCCUAUUGUCAGAAAAAUGUCCCCAUUGGAUCAAUUUGUUUUCCUUUGAUGGUGAAGGUAUGACCCGCCCUAAUCUGCCUCUGAUUGGUUAGUACUUGUUUUCUUUGUUGGUUGGGUUGGUGAAGUUUAGGCAUGAGAAGUUAGAUUGGCUAGGGUUAGAGCAAGAAUAUUAGAAUUAAGCCAAUCAGAGGCAGAGUAGGGCGGGUCACACCUGCACCACAGUAGAAAAGAAAUAUAGGGAAAUCAGGACAUUCUGAUGACAUCAUUCUGCAUAGUAAUUAGCCAUGUGUUGUGGUUGUUGCGGAGAGAGUGUAUUUCCGAAGCAAUGGGCCUUUGGAACAAUGGCCGUUUGUUUUCGGGAUAAUGGGCUGUCGGAGGAAUGGCAUAGCACAUUGAUAGAAAGGGAACUAAUUAAACUGUAUAUGCUGCUGGCUUGUAUUAUGUAAAUAGGCCAUAGACUCCAUAACUGUAAGUGCCAGAUUACAAGAGGGAUACAUAAUGAUAUUAGGAGUUAGUAUUUCAGUACUGAGUUGUAUUAGAAUUUGUUGAGAAAUUCACAGUAUCAGCAUUUUUAAUGCAUCUGCAAAGUUGCUGAAGCUUUUUCUAUAAUGAAUAAUAAUAAUAAUCAAAACUUGCAUAUCACUGCCUACUGUGUGUGUGUGUGUGUGUGUGUGUGUGUGUGUGUGUGUGUGUGUGUGUGUGUGUGUGUGUGUGUGUGUGCCUUGAGAGACAAUUGAUUGCACAUUCUAUGUCACAUUUAGCCCUUGGAAAGGUUUCAUGUGUUUAUACUUGCAGAUUUGAAAUCUUUAAAAACGUGUGUUUGACUUUUAUUGUCAGUCUGAGAUUUUAAAGGGUACGUUUGGAUUGUUUGAAGUUGGUUCCCGUGAGCAAAGUAAUGUACCGCUGUGGACGGGGGCAACAUGUAUUUUAGCCUCCUAAAAAUCAGUGUACACUAAAUCUAAGAAUAUUCUCAGCAGUUUACCUUGAUGUCAGGCAGCCUUUACGACGGGGAACUGAAGCCGUUAUCUACGCUCUCUUCAGAGCCACCAGACUCCAUUGACAAAAACAGUUAUUUUACUUCACAAAACACAAGUUGUUUAGUUGCUGGUCUGCCACUGACUCGAUCAAUUAGUUUGUUUGUGUUGUGUGACUUUAGUUUCUAAAGGGUUAGUUCGGAGUCACACAAUAACACAACCAGCAACAAAACAUCUCGUGUUUUUCCAGGUAAAAUAAGUGUUUUUGUCAGUGGAGUCUGGUGGCUCUGAAGAGAGCGUAAUAACGGCUUCAGUUCCCCGUUGUAAAGGAUUUUCUGACGGCAAGGUAAAGUGGUGAAAAUAUUCAACAUAUAGCGGACACUUAAACUUAUAUAUAAUAAAAGUUUAGAUGGAUAAAUUAGAUUUUGUUGAGAUUUUGCAAAGCUUUCGUGCCAUUUAUAAAGUAAAUAAUAAUAAUACAUAAAUAAUUGGAACUAUACCUUUAACUUUAUUGUUGCUGUUUUGCCAACACACGUUUUUUCAUAGCACCUUUGAGAUAUAUUGAUAUACUGACUUUAGACUGUCUCAAUAUGGAUAUUUGUUAUUUUAGACAUUCAGCAUUUAAGUGUCGACUGUUUUGUAUUAUAUAUGUUAGGAUGUCAACAAUCACUGUAUUUUGUCUUAUGGUAAAAAUGAAUGCGAGUGUUAUAUAAGUGUAUUAAUUACAGAUAAAGGUACUGUGAUAAUGUAUUUUUGGGAGAUUAUACUACUAGUAGUGACCAAGAUGUAAAGACGUGGGAUUGAGUCCUACCUUAACGUGCCUUUUUAAUAUAUUGAUUUAUUUCUCUUGAUGCACUUUUAUUUUCUCAACGUUAUGUUAAACCUGUAUGAUUUUGCCCGUUUUUUCUUUCUAUUGCCAAAUUCAUGUCGACUAAAGGCCUCCUGAUUGUGACGUCCUUGAUCCACCUGCUGUGUAGAUGUAGAUAUUUGAUGUUUUCCCCUUUUUACUUGCAGCAAAGCUUCCGCAGCUCUCGUAGACUGCAUGUUUGUGUGUGGACUCGAGACCAAGACCUACAGAAUGAGAUGAAAUGAUAUCGCUUGUAACUGUUAAUUAUGGAGUUUGUUUCAUUCAAUAUUAAAUAAAUGCAUAAAUAAAUAAAUAUGCUUAUAAAAUAAAUAAUGAUGCAAUAAGUAUAUAAAUACGUGUAUAGAUAGAUUUAUAAAUAAGUUCAAUAAAUAAAUAUUUUUUAAUUGAAACCAUUCAUUUGAAUGUAACGGAUGGACAGUUUCAAAAAGCUGUGAAAAAAAUGUGGCAUUAUGAAAUAAAAGUCCUGAAAUAAAUAAAAGUUGUCCUUUUGAAACAUGUCCUUAUUUAAAAUUAAAAUAAAUAUAAAAAAUAUUUACAUAUUUAUUGCCUCAUUUGUUUAUUGAAGGAUUUAUUUCACAGGCAUGAUUUCUUAUUUAAUAUUCAAUAAAAAUGUAAUUCCAGAGUUAAUAGCAUAAACAUGUAUCUUAUUAUUGCAACACCUGUUAUUUCACUGUUAAACAAAGAAAGAAAAAUCUUUAACAUUUUGAGUUCUUGUUAUUUUGUAGGAUAAACUGUUAAAGCAGAUCCUGUUAUCGUUCUUUAUGGAAGAAGUGUUGAGAAAUCUGACGCCUUGGACGUCUUUGAAUGGUUCCAUAGCCUCAGCUGUUAUUUACAUACCGUACAGACACACUUGACACUGUGAUGCAUUUGUGUUGGUCAUUUGUAAACUGGGACGAGCGACGGGCACAAAGUGAGUCUGUGCCUUAAGCCAAGUUAGGAUGUUAUGCAAGCAAAGCAUGUCCUCUGUAACGGAAUAAAACUGGCUGAGAAAAUUAAAA